UCUGCUUUUUCUGUCUUAAAAUUCUGAUUGAAGAGAAAGGCUCUAAAAGUCGCUUUGCCCAAACCCUCCGCGUCCCAUGCACCACGAAAGGAAACCGAAACUUAAUGUUUCCUGGAGGAGAAAGGAAACCGAAACAUUGCCUGGGUAUAAAAGACUGGCUGGAAUGCCCAGAUGCGCCCGGCCCGCCUGCCCCGGGGCUCCAUUGACGCGGGAGCUCGCGCCGCUCCGGGCUCCUCCACCUUUCCUGGGUCGGACGCGCGGCUCAGCGGCGCUCUGGACCCAGCAGGGCCCAAGAUUUUCUUGGCACCUAUAAUCAUUCAGCAAUAAUUCCUUAGUUUUGCUCUUUCUUUGGAGGUUUGCCAUUUUCAUCACCAACUGCCAUUUAGACUGACCAGAGUAAAGGAUAUCUGCUGUAUGUGAUAUUGCCAGUUCCAACUGGAGGCAGAAAUAGCAGCAAAAAUGGAUAAAAGCACACUGUUUUUAGAGAAAAUUUCACGGUUUAUUUCAGACAAAUUGCCAACAGCUGAAUAUUCCAGUUUAUUCAAUGAUUUUGUUGAGUCUGAAUUUUUUCUGAUUGAUGGAGAUUCCUUACUUAGCACAUGUGUAUGUGAGAAGUUAUUACAGCCAGGACAGAAUCUCCAUUUCUUCUAUCUGGUUGAACACUAUCUCAUGGAUCUUAUUAAUAAAGGAGGACAAUUUACCAUAGUUUUCUUCCAGGAUGCUGAGUACACAUAUUUCAGCUCUCCUGAACUUCUUUCUUUGAGAACUGCUUUAAUUCUUCAUCUUCAGAAAAAUACCAGCAUUAAUGUUUGUACUCAAUUUACUGGAUGCUUAUCAAAGGAUUCGAAAAUGUUCUUGGAUGAGAAUUACCCAUAUUUCCUGAUAGUUGCAGACGAAGGUCUGAACCCUCUGCAAACCCAACUUUUCAACUUUUUAAUCAUUCAGUGUUGGUCAGAGAGGGUCAAUGUUGUGCUUUUCUCUGGGCAAACAUCUGAUAUUCUUCGACUUUAUGCAUACUUUCUGCCAAGUCUGUACAGGAACCAGAAUUUUUUCAAGGAGAAUGAAAAUAAGAUUCAAAAUUCUUAUAAAAGGCUCCUUAGAAAAUUGAGAAAAUACAGAGUUCUACCUUUAGCACCUCUUUUAAAAAAUUUAGCACUGAAACAUAUGAUGGAAGAGGCAUAUGAGACUGUAUGUCUGCUCCAACAAGUCUGGCUGAAUGGAUCUGACAUUCGACGGGUCCUUUGUGUCACUUCAUGCUCACUGGCUUUGGGAAUGUACCAUCACUUCUUAGAAAGCAGAGUGAAGACCUCCUCUGAAGAAACAACUAACAAAAAAAAGGUGAACAGUGAUUACUUAACCCUGCAGGAUGUGGAAGAUCUGUGCAAACUGCAUUGUCUCAGUGUGGUUUUUCUACUACACAUACCUCUGUCUCAGCGAGCUCGCUCUAGAUUCAUCACUUCCGAUUGGGUUGAAGACACUCAGAUGUUCUUUAAAAUGAAAAAGUGGUGUGAAUAUUUCAUCCUGUGUAAUACAAAUGUUUUGGAAUUUUGGAAUCUGAAUUUAAUUCAUCUUUCUGACUUAAGUGAUGAGCCUUUGUUGAAGAAUAUCACUUUGUAUUAUGAAAAUGAAAAUGUGAAAGGUUUACAUUUGAACUUGGGAAGUGCCAUUAAGAAAGAUUAUGAACAUCUCUGGGAGACUGUAUCAAAGUUGGUAAGGAAGUUUGAUGUGGGAAAGCCAUUUCCUGUGAGAACAACCAAACUUCAGUUUCUUGAAAAGACUCCAUCAUCAAUCAAAGACAAUUCCAAGGAAAAGAUGCCUACUUUGGGUUUUAUUCCAAUGUCAUCUCAAAUGGUUGAUAAAUUUGUUGGAGACAUUUUGAAAGAUUUACCUUUUCUAAGGAGUGAUGAUCCUAUUGUAACGUCGCUGGUUAAACAGAAGGAGUUCGAUGAGCUCGUGCACUGGCAUUCUCACAGACCCCUUAGUGACGAUUAUGAUCGGACUAAAAGCAACUUUGCUGAAAAGUCUAAUGACCCUCGUUUUCAUAGAAACUUACAAAAAUAUCGUCUUUUUCAACGGUUUUAUGGGAAUUCAUUAGACCCAAUCCCUUCAAAGCUCAUUGUGACCCAAAGUAUAAAGCAGCAGAAGAAUUUUAAUGAGGUCAAGAGGAAAAAGGCACAUGAGACCAAAGCAGAAAUAAUUGCAAGAGAGAAUAAGGAGAGGAUAUUUGCCAAGGAAGAACAAAAAGAUGAGCAAAAAUGGAAAGCUCUAUCAUUGUCUAUUAAAGAAGAAAUGACAAAGAAUUUAAACUCUGGAGUAAAGGACUUGGAAGACUUUUUGAAGUCAUGUAAAAGUAACUCAGUGAAAGUUCGAGUUGAAAUGGUUGGUCUUACUGCCUGCUUGAAAGCAUGGAGAGAACACUGUCGAGGUGAAGGCAAGACCAUAAAAGAUUUCAAUAUAGCUGUCCAAAUGAUGAAAAGGAUCCACUCCUUGAUGGAUAAAUACUCAGAUCUUCUGCAAGAUGCAGAUCGGCAGUUCAUAAGCAGAUGCCUUAAUUAUUUAGGAUUUGAUGAAUUGGCAAGGUCUUUAUCAGACCAGGAUGUAGUAGAUGACAUAAAGAAGAAGCGAAAGAAUAAAUAUUCAAUUGGCAUUGGGCCAGCUCGGUUUCAACUGCAAUACAUGGGCCAUCAUUUGAUACGAGAGGAAAGAAAAGAUCCAGAUCCAAGGGUCCAGGAUUUUUUUCCUGAUACUUGGCAGCGAGAACUCCUCGAUGUGGUGGAUAACUAUGAGUCAGCAGUGAUUGUUGCCCCAACAUCCUCAGGCAAAACCUAUGCUUCCUACUACUGCAUGGAGAAAGUGCUGAAGGAGAGCGAUGAAGGGGUGGUUGUGUAUGUUGCACCAACCAAGGCCCUUGUUAAUCAAGUGGCAGCAACUGUACAAAAUCGUUACACCAAAAAUCUGCCAAAUGGUGCAGCACUAUGUGGGGUUUUUACAAGGGAAUAUCGUCACGAUGCACUCAACUCUCAGGUACUUGUUACAGUGCCUGCCUGCUUUGAAAUUCUGCUGCUAGCUCCACAUCGUCAACAAUGGGUGAAAAGGAUUCGAUAUGUUAUAUUUGAUGAGGUCCAUUGUCUUGGUGGAGAAAUUGGAGCAGAAGUCUGGGAGCAUCUCCUUGUCAUGAUUCGAUGUCCCUUUUUGGCUCUUUCGGCUACCAUAAGUAACCCUGAGCAUCUUACAGGGUGGCUGCAAUCAGUCAAACAUUACUGGAAACAAGAAGACAGAAUAAUAGAGCAAAGGAUGACCUCCGAGAGAAGUGCAGGCUGUCGUGCCAGUUUUUCCAAAGACUGCUUGCAAAUAAAGCAAUCAUAUAAAGUUAGGCUUGGAAUGUUAUGUCAUUCACUUUUAGUGCUCUAUGGAGAGAGGUACAAUGAUUUAGAGAAGUACAUAUGCUCUGUCAAACAUAAUGACAUUUGUUUUGAUCACUUUCACCCAUGUGCUGCACUAACCAUAGAUCACAUUGAAAGGUACGGAUUCCCUGCUGAUCUGGCACUUUCACCUCGAGAAAGCAUCCAGCUUUAUGACACCAUGUUUCAAGCCUGGAAAAGCUGGCCACGGGCCCAGAAACUGUGUCCAGAGAACUUCAUUCAUUUUAAGAAUAAAAUAAUCAUUAAAAAGGUGGAUGCUAGAAAAUAUGAAGAGAGCUUAAAGGAAGAAUUAAGAAAUUGGAUUAAAAAUGGCAAUAUAGAGCAGGCUAAACUGGUACAGAGGAUUCUUAAACCUGAUUCGGUUGUUAGUUCAGGAAAUAUGUUGGAGAAAUUUCCACUUCUUGUUGAAAAGCUAAGGAAAGUGGAUAAGUUACCUGCACUAUUUUUUAUAUUCAGUAUAAAAGAUGUAGAAGAAUGUGCCAAGAAUGUACACAGCUUCAUAGAGGAAAAGCAGGAGAAGAAAAGGCCUCCUAAAGCUGAUAAAGAAGCUCAUGACAUGGCUAACAAACUUCGAAAAGUUAAGAAAUCCAUUGAGAAACAAAAGACAUUAGAUAAAAAAAGCAAGAAAAAACCAAUAACAUUGGACCAAACCCUCAUACAUGAAGCUGAACAUAAUUGUCUACUGAAAAGUUUAGAGAAGAACCUGGAAAUUCCUCAGGACUGUACAUAUGCUGAUCGAAAAGUGAUGGAUGCUGAGUUAUUGAAGAUGGUGUUUGAUCGCGUAAAAUUCGAAAGAAAAGGUGCAGAACUCAAAGCUUUGGCAGAGAGUGGUAUUGGAUAUCAUCACAGCGCCAUGAGUGCCAAAGAAAAACAGCUAGUUGAAAUUCUCUUUCGAAAAGGAUUCAUUAGGGUGGUGACAGCUACCGGAACACUUGCUUUAGGAAUCAACAUGCCUUGUAGAUCUGUGGUUUUUGUCCAAAACUCAGUCUAUCUGGAUGCUUUAAAUUACAGACAGAUGUCUGGUCGUGCUGGAAGACGGGGGCAAGACCUUCUGGGAGAUGUAUAUUUCUUUGAUAUUCCACUGCCUAAAGUAGGAAAACUCAUAAAAUCCAAAGUUCCUGAGCUCAGAGGACAGUUCCCUCUCAAGAUAACCCUGAUUCUGCGACUCAUGCUGCUGGCUUCCAAGGCGGAUGACCUAGAGGAUGGCCAGGCAAAGGCGCUGUCUGUGCUAAAGCAUUCGCUGCUGUCCUUCAAACAACCCAGAGCCAUGGAGAUAUUAAAACUUUACUUUUUAUUUUCUUUGCAGUUCUUGGUGAAGCAGGGCUAUCUAGAUCGAGAAGGAAAUCCCACGGGGUUUGCUGGACUGGUAUCACAUUUGCAUUAUCAUGAACCUUCUAAUCUUGUUUUUGUCAGUUUUCUUGUAAGAGGCCUUUUCCAUAAUCUUUGCCAACCAACUAAUAAAGGUGAGCUUGAGCAGACUGUAGAAAAUUAGUACUUCACAAGUUAUUUUUCUGUAAUAUUAGUAUGUAGAUAAUUUACAGAUCCUCACAUUAGACAAACAGAGUUAAAUUCCCACUUAUAUAGAUUAUAUGGAAAGUAGCGA